UCCACUUCUGAUACUAAUGGACACAUGAAUCAAGUAGGUAGCCAGAAAAAAAAAAACUUUGAUUUUGUUUUCUCACCAAGUUUGUUGACUUUGUUUUUUUCUUUGGGAAAUUUUCACUGGAAUCAAUAUGAAGAAGUUUUGUUGUGUUUUCUCUUGAGAUAGAGAGAAAGAGAGCAGUACAUUGUAAUUGCAAAAUAUCUUCAACAUGGAAACAUUCCUAGUUGCUGGCGACUGAAACAGACUUCCCACGAUGUCAGCGCUGAUUAUUGCACUUCUACUGGGUUUCUGGGUCUCCAGCACAACUACCAACACGUGGAGACAAUGUACAGAUUUGGUUCCCCUGGAUCUGCUGUCUUUUGUUCUGGAGAGGGACACCUCCAAGCUUGCGCCUGGGCUGCGUUUGAAGCAAGCCGCUGGGGUGAAGGGUGUUAAGUUUCUGAGCCCUGAUACUUCCAUGAGCUUUCCCUCCUCGCAGCUUCUGGCAAACUGUGACCUCUUCCCCAAAGAGUUCUCUUUUGUUCUGACAUUAAAAAUCACUCACAUUCCUCCCAAGAGAAAUGAAUAUGUCCUUUCAUUGCUGGAACCAAACAAUGAAAAGAAAAGUUCAUCUGAGGAGAAGAAAAACAUUUUUGGAAGAAAAGAAGAGAAGAGUUUAGUUACAGGAGAUCAGCAGAAGAAGAAGAUUCAAGUCAAAAGCAAUGAGGAACCUGGACGGAUCAUCCUAGGGCUGAAGAUGUCACAGAAACAUCUGCACUUCCUUGUUAAAGGUCAUGGGGAGGCUGUGGAGUCCUGGGUGUUUCGAGGCAUCCAGCUAGAUGAUAACCGGUGGCACACUCUUGUUUUGGCUGUUGGUCAGGAUCGUGUGAGGCUCACAGUGGACUGCAGCUCACCUCUAGAAAUUGUUCCCUCCAGGCCUUUCCCCUCAGACCUCAACUUUCAGGGAUCCAGAUUCCACAUUGGCAGUCGGGGGAGAUGGAAAGGCUUGUUUUCAGGUCUGCUGCGACAGCUGGUUCUGGUGCCAGGCUCAGAUGCUACACAUCAAAUCUGCCCCUCGGCUUACCCCCAACUAGCGACUUUGUCGGUGCCACCUCUGCUUUUAGAUCUGCCUAUCAGACCAAGGAAAGAUGAUAGACAAAUGAUCUCCUAUGAAAAUGAGGAGCGAGUGUCAGUGGGCUUGGAGAAGUUGUGCUCAGAGUUGCUACAAGGCCAGCUGUGGUUUAAUCCGCUCAAGAAGGGUCUCUACCUCUGUGAUGGUUCACAGUGGAUCACUGUGUUGGAGGAUCAUAAAAGGUUGGACUAUGUGUGGGAACAUCAGGUCCUCACCACCAGCUCAGAGACUCAUGAUAUAGAGGUGUUCCAGGUACCUGGCGUUGGACUCAUGGCUGCUAUGGCGCACCGGUCCUCAUCCUCUGGCUCAGCUGUGUAUCUAUGGACCCACUCAGGUUUCCAGCUCUACCAGAAUAUUAGCACAUAUCGGGCUCUGGCUUGGAGACAUUUCAACUUGGGCAAGAAGAUAUAUCUUGUGGUAUCUAAUUCUGGGGCCAGAGCAGAUAAGCAAUUUAAUAAAGACUCAGCAGCAGAAUUUUCAGUGAUUUACAAGUGGAGCAAACGAAGAAAAAAGUUUGUGCGGUUUCAGACUCUGCAGACCUACUGUGCACAAGACUGGGAGGCUUUUAACAUCAAUCAAAAUGCUUAUCUUGCUGUAGCCAAUCACAGACGAGGAAACCAUAAUCACACUAUAAACAGUGUGAUAUACAAGUGGAACAAAUCAACAAAAUCUUUCGAGGUCCACCAGAUGCUACUAACUUCAGGGGCAUAUGACUGGGAGUUCUUCACAGUUGGACCAUACCAUUUCUUGGUAGUUGCAAAUGCAUUUGAUGGAGUGACCACUUCUGUUGACUCUGUCAUCUAUGUUUGGGUUAAUGGAAGCUUCCAGGUGUUCCAGACAAUCAAGACAUUCUGUGCCACAGAUUGGGAAAUGUUCCAGAUUGGCAAGAGAGUGUUUUUGGUUGUUGCUAAUGGACACAGACUUCCUGGUAAUGGACCAAGUCAGUACACCAUCAACUCAACGAUCUAUGAACUGGACAUAAGUGCACAGCUGUUUGUCCGAUUCCAAGAUAUUAUCACCUACAGUGCUGUGGAUUGGGAGUUCUUUAGCCUCGGGGAGGAAUAUUUUCUAGUUGUCGCUAACUCCUACAACGGAGAAUCCUAUUCUCUCAACAGCAUUCUGUACAGGUGGCAGGGAUAUGAAGGAUUUGUUCCCAUUCACUGGCUCCCAACGAUUGGGUGCAGUGACUGGGAGUUUUUCAGCAUUAAAGGAGAAUCAUAUCUGAUCUACUCUAGUGCCAAAGCACAUCUCUCUAAAGUUUUCAAGCUGAAAACCUACUAGAGAGGAAGUGUGCAAGUGCCUUUGUCUACUUGGUUUGUGUGUGAUUCAUCAUGUUCAUGUAUAUAUUUAUCUUUUUCGGCAUACCCUACAUGUCUCCACAAAGUGCCUAUAAGUUCUAUGGUAAACAACUGAUGUAGCUCAUUUUUACAUAAACAUAACAUGGAAAUGCAGUGGGCAGUCUGAGAGAAAUAAUUAUAAUUGAGCCUCUGUAAAAUUGCUAUCUUUCUGUAAGAGUGUUUACCAUUGGAAUUGCAUUUAAUGGUUUGUUAAUUAACAAGCAUACUGCUACCAUUUGUCUGACUGGAUGAACUAUAUAAGAAAAGUGACAGUAAA